CUCUCUCCUUUCUUUCUCUGCUCCUUCCACUUUUCUGAGUCUUCAAUGGCUGCCCGUAUCAGAAAUUCCGCAUUAGAAAACAACUUGGGUCGGUGCGAGGCAACCCUUUUCUUCUUCUUUCGGUUGUGAAAAAGAUACCCAUUGCCAAAAAGUCUCGUUUUUCUGGUAAAAUUGGCAGCCAGUUUCUUACCAACAUUAUCCAAACAAGCGAUAGUCAUUCGGGCACUUCACAUGGCAGUUUCCUGAUGGCCUGUUCGGUGCUAGAUUGGGGAGUAUUGUAUAUCUCGGUGAAAUGGCAUUGGCAAAGAAUUGAAUGAUACAUUCUGGGAUUACUUUUUGAACAUAAUCACAAAGUUACAUCUGAUGCAUUGCUAGUCACUGGAAUUUGGAUGCUCUAUGCUUCUUCAGUGAUUGAACUGAUUCAGUUGGUCAGAAUUCGUGAUGGGAUUUGGAUUUAACAUGUUAGGCCAAGCUUUUUUGGAGUAUCAAACUUUCGCUGUAAUUAUCAGACUUUUGAUGUUUUAAAUCAAGAGGGAGAAGAAUUUCUGAGCCGUGAAUCUGUAACUCAUUGUCAAUCAAAAAAGCUGAAGCCUCCAAGACAAUAUAGUGGUUUUGAUAGAUCUUUUCUUUGAAGUUCAUCCGGAAUUUUCAGCUUUCCCGGAGAAUUGACGAACUUAAACAAGAGGGUAAAACAUGUGCAUGAAAGAAGGUUUUGAUACCUUCUCCUCCGAACGAAGCUACAACAUCGUGUGCUUCACUCAACUGGGAAACUUGAGGGACUGAAAUUAGAAUUCCAUGAUGCUUUGUUGUGCCAUACCAUACUGGUGAUCUGUUUUGGAAGAUCAUUUGCAAACUAAGGGCAAAACUACGUACAAGCCCUUAGGGAAGAGGAAAAGAGGAAACGAAGCUAGUCAAGAGUACCUAAUCAUCAUGGCAAAGAAGUCACAAAGACGCUCUGUGAGGUAUGAGAAAGAUCAUUCAGGCUGUAUGUGGGGCUUUAUUAGUAUGUUUGAUUUUCGCCAUGGCCGUGCUGCUCAGAAGUUAAUUGCUGAUAAGAGGCGUGUCAACAAGAACGCUUUUGGUUCUGUACAUUCAAAAAAUAAGUUCGACAUGUUCACCAAUUUGGAUGAACAUUGUGAGGCUGGUAAGCCUAGUGUAAAAAAACUCAUGGAAGAAGACAUGUUCAUUGACAAGGAUGCAGUUAAUGCAGAAGUAAAAUCAAGAGAGUCUAGAUUAUGCUAUGAAGACACCUUGAAGAUAGAUCCUGGAAGAAAAAAGAAAUCUCGUAAGAAAAGCUAUGAUCCGGACACCCAUGAUUUAAAUUCAGAUAAAACCUUGAAAUCAGAACUCUCACCUAGUCAGCAUUCAAGGCAACAGUCUAAAAGUAAUCUUGACUUAGAAAAGGUAUUGGAGGAUUUUAGUAAUAUGAAAAGUGCUUUCUCUGUAGUGCAUGACCUUGGUGGUGGUGAAGUAACUGAACAAUCAAACCAGAAGCGUGUUAUAGCUGAAAAUGAAGCGAGGUGUGCAAUCCUUGAAUUUCUGAAUCAGAUGACAUUGGAUGGAAAAGAUCUUGCAAAAGCUAGAAAAUUCCUUUGCUCCCAUGAAUUUAUGGAUGCACUUCAAAUUUUAAGUUCAGAUAAGGAAUUGUUUUUGAGGCUUCUACGAGAUCCAAAUUCACUUUUGUUAAAAUAUGUUCAACAGUUGAUCGAUACUCAGGUGUCAGAUGAUAAAGAACACUGUUCAGUCACUGCCUCCAACUUUUCUGAACAUGACCCAGAUAGUUUGAAACAGAGUAGACAGAUUGUCAACCACAGGCAGCGUAACUUCUUCAGGAAAAUGGUGAAGUCUCGAGUUAAAGAUCAAACAAGUGGAAAUGUGAAUGCUGAGUCCUCGAAUAGGAUUGUUUUUCUGAAACCUGGACCAAUGGGCUUUCAGGAUUCCCAAGCUGGAACCAAGCUUUUACCACCCUUAGAUUCUUAUGAAAGUUCUUCUGUGAGAGUUGGUUCACAUUUUUCUCUUACAGAGAUAAAAAAGAAGUUAAAACAUGCCAUGGGAAAGGAGAGAGAUGGAAACCCUGAGAAGAUUUCGAAAAAAACUGCUGCUGAAUCUCAAAAUAAGGGGAAAGGCAGCAAAACCAUUGGGAAAGACAAUUCUGGAAUGAAAUCUCCUAAUAAAGACCAUUUUUUCAUUGAAAAAAUGGCAAGGCCGGCCUUUGUUGAGAAGAAAGGAGACAAGAAUGGCACAUUGAGAGACUUGGAAGUGGUAUUGGAACAUGAAAAUGGUAAUUAUCCCAAACAAAGGGUUUCUAACAUAUACGUUGAGGCUAAGAAACAUCUCUGUGAAAUGCUAGGCAAUGAAGAUGAGAACAUGGACUUUUCAGGUAGGAAGGUUUCCAAAAACCUUGGUAGAAUUCUAUCUCUUCCUGAGUACAAUUUGUCUCCCCUUGGUAGUCCUGGACGUGACUGGGAGCAUCAAUUUAUGACUGCACGGACAAGAUUGUUGUCUUCCCGGCAAUCCCCCAUUAUGGAUCAUUUGGAGAAGGAAACAAGCAGUCCAAAGAAGCAGCCUAGCGUCUGUGAUGAUUCCUUUGAUAUUAAAGUACAAGACAAUAAAUUAGAGCUGACUUCCACAGAUGACCUUAUUCAUGAUGCUAAAGCAGAUGCAACCUGUUGUCCUAAUGGAGAUGAGAUGGUUCAAGAAGGUAAUGUAGAAUCUCGUAAAGAAAUAAAUGUUUUGGAAUCUUCCUCUGAACCAGUGGAUUUGGAUGUGGAAAACGCCCAAAUUUGUGAGAUCUCUACUGAACUCUCAGAUGAUGCAGGACAUUCUCAAUGCUUGAAUCAGGAUGUAUCAGUAGAGAACCAACCACCAUCUCCGCUGUCAUCUCCUACUCACUCUUCUACUACUAAAAAAAAUGAAGAGCUAGAAAGUGGUGCGGAAAUAGUUGGGCGGCCCAGUCCUGUAUCUGUUCUCGAUACAGUAUUCCCUGAGGAUGACAUCAGCCCUGAAAGCACCAGGUUUCGACUUGGUAAAAUCCAACUACAGCCAAUACAAAUUCAAUUUGAAGAACAUGACUCUUUACAGUUGGAUCAAAUAGAUAGACAAAAGCAGUGUGUUGAAGAAAACAAGUUGAUAUUUGACUAUAUUAAAGCAAUCCUGCAUGCCUCUGGCUUCAGUAGAGAUCAGUUGUGGAUGAGAUGUGUUUCCUCGGACCAGAUAUUAGAUCCAUCGUUGUCUGAUCAGAUAGAGGUUUUCUCAAACCAGCCAUGCCAUGACCAGAAACUCCUCUUCGAUUGUGUCAAUGAAGUUCUAAUGGAGGUUUGCCAGUAUUACUUUGGUGUCUCGCCUUGUGUAUCAUUUGUAAGACCUAGCAACAUAAGACCGGCCCCGUAUAUGAAAAGUGUUACUCUUAAAGUCUGGGAAGGAGUGUGCUGGCAUUUACUUCCUUUAUCCCCUCCACAUACUUUGGACCAAAUUGUUAGGAAAGACAUGGCAAGAAGUGGAGCAUGGAUGGACCUUCGAUUUGAUGCUGAGCAAGUUGGCUUUGAGAUGAGUGAAGCCAUUCUUGCAGAACUGAUGGAAGACACAAUACUGAGCUGUCUAAGAAAAAACCUAGAAAGUACAUGUUUUGAGACUCUAUAUGAAGCGAAGGACAAGGAGAGCAGCAUCAACGUGUAAAAACCAACUGACUUGCAUUUGUUUAUACGACCCUGUUAAAUCUGACCGAGGUGAGAGGAAAGUUAUCAUGCAUAUGGGGAAAUGGAGAUAUAAUAGGUGAUGUUGCUGGUGACUGAUAAUCUUCUUUGGGGCAGCUGACAGUGUUGAUCUUUGCUAUAUUUGACUAUACUAAUAUCUGAAGAAUAAUCCGGGCGAGGACCAUCAAAUAAGCUACCUUGCGUUGCAAGUAAACAGAAAACCAGUAGCAAUUGCUUCCAGCAAAGCUUCAAGGCUUGUUUCCUUUUAGUUGUUUACAGUCACAGAGUAAUUUUUUGUUUUUGUUUUCAGUGUGUGCUUCAGUUACCCUGUGAGGGACUAAGGUUUCCGGUUUUAGAUUUUGUAGUGUUUGAUUUGUUGAGCUGGCGGUGUGUGAUAAUUUUUUUUUUUUCAAUGGUAUCCUUGUAUAUGCCUUUUUUGUUAUCCUUUUGUGGUUUAACGGUGCAAGUUUGGAAAUAAUGAAUUCUGAGUUCAGCUU